AUGACUGAACAUGCUGAUAGUGUUGAUGAUGAAUUUAGGCCACCUGAUCCAAUUGAAAUGCAUCCUGUUUCUAGCCCUGUACAGAUUGAUCUUGAUGAUAUACAGGAUGAGGUGGAUUUUUGGAAUUCUUCCAUAAUAUGCUAUAUAAUUGGUGCUAAUCCCCCAAUACAUGUUAUGGAAGGGUUUAUUAGGAGAUUCUGGAAGAACUUUAAUGUUGAUAAGGUGGUGUUGGUGAAAAAGGGAAUCUACUUAGUGAGAUUUCUGACUAUGGACAUGAGAGACAAAGUCACUUCUGGCCAUUUUUUCUUUGACAGCAAACCUAUGAUAGUGAAACCUUGGAGUGUUGAUAUGGAUAUGGAGAAGGAAGAGAUCAAAUCUGUUCCCAUCUGGAUUCAGUUGAGUCUGAAUUUUAAGUAUUGGGGUGAAAAAUCUCUUUUCAAAAUUGUGAGUCAGUUAGGCAAACCAAUUAAGAGGGAUACAACCACUGUGAGUAGGGAUAAACUUCAGUAUGCUAGGGUGUUGGUUGAUAUGCCAAUCACACAAAAGCUUCCUGAUCAAGUUUCAUUUAUGAAUGAGCAUAGUGAGCUGGUUCAGGUACCUAUCACCUAUGAGUGGAGACCAACUGUUUGUGAUAAUUGCAAACUUGUUGGACAUUCAACCAUUGAGUGUAGGAAGGGGAACACUAAGAGAAUAUGGGUGCAGAAAAAACAACAAGUUCAGAAUCACACAGAAGUGGUGGCACCAGAGGUGGAUCAGGAGGGGUUUUAG